GUAUACGUCGAGGACUCGGGUAUAUUCAGCGUUAAAGCCGAGAAUAGGGGCGGUUCUGCCAAAUGCUCAGCAAAUUUGAUUGUUGAAGAGCACCGGGAAAUCAAAAGCGGAGAUUUCAUUCCUCCGUGUUUUGUGAAGACAAUCCAAUGCGUGACCACAAAAGUGGGUCAAUUGAUCCGAUUGGACGCCAAGAUUAGCGGCUCUAAACCAAUGGACGUGUAUUGGCUAAAGAAUGGCGAAAGGAUUCAACAAACAAAGAGACAUAAGAUGGUUGAGGACGACGACCAGUACUACACACUACUUAUCAUUGAGGCCGAGACCAGUGACGGCGGCUCUUAUGAAUGCGCGGCCAUUAAUAAGGCGGGAGAGGCCCACUGUAUCGCUCAGGUGCUCAUCGAAGAGCAGGUCAUUAUCCGGCAAAUGUCCAAAGAAGAAAUGGUACCCAAACUACUGGAACCGCUGCACGACGUGGUUGUGAAAGAAGGACAGUCCGCUCUUUUCAAAUGUCGAAUAAGCGGAACGUCUUUGUCGGAAGUGGUUUGGCUUCGAGAGGGCGAACACAUCAAACAGAGCCGCUAUUUCCGGAUGACUGAAGACGGAGAUUACCACACAUUGAGGAUAUCGGAAGCGUUCGCCGAAGACGAGGGAAUGUAUAAAUGUAUUGCUGGAAAAGUAUCCACUUCUGCCAAACUCAGAGUAAUCGAAGACAAAGAAACGGCACCACAAAUGACACCAUUGACUGAUCUGACUGUGGCGGAGGGCUCUCCGGCCCGGUUUGUAACCGCACUGUCGGGCUCUCCCACACCGAAGAUCAGUUGGUAUCGCGACGGGCACUUCGUUGAGGCCACCCGUGAUUUUCAGAUGUCUCAGGACUCGGCCUCGUGUUCGCUUGUUAUACGACAAACCUAUGCUGAGGACGAAGGCCUCUACGAGUGCGUGGCGUCGACUCCCGUCGGACAGAACCGGACGUCCGCUCGACUCUCCGUUGAAAGUAAGCCAACGUAGAGAUGAAAACAAAUCACAUUCAAACU